UCGCUAGCUCGUCGAUCGAGGGCUGAUAUAACUGACGCGCGCCGUGGCGUUGUGCGGAACGGCUCGGCCCUUCCUCUCUCUGAGGCGCCACCGAAACCACCUUCCUUCGCCACAUCUCUACACGACGGUGAUGGCCCCCGCCGCCGCCGAUCGGGAGCACCAGAUCGCUGGGGAUUGGUACUCCGUCCCGGAUCUCAGCCUCCGUGACCAUCGCUUCACCGUCCCACUCGAUUACGCCGCCCCUUCCGGCCCUAGUAUCACCGUCUUUGCCCGUGAGGUUGUCGCCGUUGGGAAGGAAGAGCAACAACUGCCCUACAUACUGUUCCUACAAGGUGGACCUGGAUUUGAAAGCCCUCGGCCUACUGAGGCUAGUGGAUGGCUGAAGAGAGCAUGUGAAGAAUAUAGAGUUGUUUUUCUUGAUCAGAGAGGAACAGGUUUAUCGACUCCCUUAACAGUGUCAUCUCUUUUGCAAAUCCCAUCUUCAGCAAAGUUGGUUGAGUACUUGCAAUAUUUUCGAGCAGAUAAUAUAGUAAAAGAUGCUGAGUUUAUUCGCACACAUCUUGUACCAAAUUCUGGAACCUGGAUGGUGUUAGGGCAAAGCUUCGGUGGCUUUUGUGCCGUUACCUAUUUGAGUUUUGCUCCAGAAGGCCUCAAAUCUGUUCUUUUAACUGGUGGGCUUCCACCAAUUGGAAAGGGUUGCACUGCAGAUGUUGUAUACAAAGCCUGUUUUGAGCAGGUUGUGCAUCAAAAUGAGAAGUACUAUAAGCGGUUCCCUCAGGAUGUUAAAGUAAUUUGUGAUCUUGUGACUUAUCUGGCCAAAGCUGAAGGUGGAGGGGUGCCUCUUCCAUCUGGAGGUAUUUUAACCCCGAAAGGGUUGCAAACUCUUGGCCUUGCUGGCUUAGGCUCUAGUGGUGGUUUUGAACGUCUGCAUUACAUGUUCGAGAUGGUCUGGGAUCCUGAACUAGUUCCGGGCACGGGGAAGCGCAUAAGUUAUUAUUUUUUGAAGGCUUUUGAGAGCUGGUUAGAUUUUGAUACAAACCCACUCUAUGCUCUUUUGCAUGAAUCAAUCUUCUGCCAGGGCGCUCCAUCACAAUGGUCUGCUCAAAAAAUAAGGGGCAAAUAUGAGAGCAUUUUUGAUCCAGUCGGAGCUGCAAAAGAAGGUCGUCCUGUGUUUUUUACUGGAGAGAUGAUAUUUCCAUGGAUGUUUGAGGAGAUCCAUGCUUUAGAACAUUUUAAGGAAGCUGCUCAUUUGUUGGCUGAGAAGAAGGAUUGGCCACCAUUGUACGACAUUAGUAGAUUAAACAACAAUAAGGUUCCUGUUGCUGCUGCUGUUUAUUAUGAAGACAUGUACGUCAACUUCAAACUGGCAAUGGAAACAGCUUCUGAGAUUUCAGGGAUCAGGCUGUGGGUGACAAAUGAAUAUAUGCACUCCGGACUCCGUGAUAGCGGCUGUCAAGUCUUUGAGCAGUUGAUGGGUAUGCUGCAAGGCAAGAAACCUUGGUUUUGAUUUCUAAUUGAAGCAAAAUGAUGUGACUCUUCCCACUGAUGAUUAUUAUACUUUUUAUC